AAAAUUGUGCUCGUAAAUUGAAAUAAACUGAAAACAAAAUCAAAUCCUUUCCCCCUCUUCAGUGUUCUUGCUCUCCUCUCUCACCGAAAACCUCCCCCUGCAAAUCUCGGCCGUCACCAAAAUAUGUUCAUCUCCGUCGCUCGAACCACUCGCCACCUCAAAAUCCUAAUCCGUUUCUCCCUCACGCGCCGCCACCUCUCCACCACCACCACCCCUCCUUCCUCAAACCUCUACGACAAGUACUCCUUCAAACCUCCACUCUCUCUCCACCCAAACCAUAAUCCUAACUCUAAUCCCAACCCCACCACAAAAAAGAAGAAAAAACCGCCCUACCGCCCGCCCUCAUCGCUCGACCGCACCGGGUCGAAGCCGCGGCGGCACUCGGACCUGCCGUUCGACUUCCGGUUCAGUUACACGGAGAGCAGUCCCUCGGUGCGGCCAAUUGGGCUGCGCGAGCCCAAGUACUCGCCGUUUGGGCCAGACCGUCUGGACCGGCCGUGGACCGGGGUGUGUGCGCCGGUUGUGGACCCGAGGGUGGAGAACGUAGAGGAGGGGAGGGAGGACCCGAAGUUGGAGGAGAAGAGGAAGAGGAUGAGAGAGAACGUGUUGGGGGAGGAGUUGACGAAUGCUGAGAGGAAAGUGCUGGUUGAUAGGUGUCAGAGGGGGAGAACUAAGCGGCAGAUUAAUCUGGGGAGGGAUGGUUUAACACACAACAUGUUGAAUGACAUCCAUAACCACUGGAAACAUGCUGAGGCAGUGAGGAUAAAGUGUAUGGGUGUACCCACAGUUGAUAUGAAAAAUGUCUGCACUCAACUUGAGGAUAAAACAUUUGGCAAGAUUAUCCAUAGGCAUGGUGGUCUACUCGUAUUGUACAGGGGCCGGAAUUAUCAUCCCAGGAAGAGACCUACGAUUCCUUUAAUGCUUUGGAAGCCUCAAGAUCCUGUAUAUCCAAGGCUUAUCAAAACUACAAUUGAUGGCCUGAGCAUUGAAGAAACAAAGGAAAUGAGAAAGAAAGGACUAGCUGUUCCCCCAUUAACAAGGCUUGCUAAAAAUGGUUUUUAUGGUAGCCUUGUACCUAUGGUUCGAGAUGCUUUUCUUGCUAAUGAUUUGGUUCGGAUUGAUUGCCAAGGCCUGGAAAAGAGUGACUACAAGAAAAUAGGCUUCAAACUGAGGGAGCAAAAGGGGACUGUUUAUAUACUGUUUUGCACAUUGCUGCUUUCACGAAUUAGUCUUCCACUUCUUUCUGCCAUUCCCAUUCAGGACCUGGUGCCUUGUUUCCUGGUGACAUUUGACAAGGAACAGAUCGUGGUUUGGAGGGGAAAGGACUAUAAGCCGAUAGAGGGAGAUUUCUUCUUCCCCAUUCGCGAACCAUUUGACAAUCCCGAAAAUGAUUCCGAUAGUGGUCCAGAAGAACAGGAAAGCUCAGAUGAUGACAGCAAUCGGCACGGCUUCCAUUCAGGCGACGAGUCAAGCAGUUGAACCGUACAAGCACCAGUCCAUGUUCACUCCGUCGUCUCAUCUAGCUAGAUGGACCAAACUAACAGAGCUGUAAGUUCCGUCUGUCAAUUCUUCUUAUGGGUGUUUCGGUGUUGGCCAAAUCGACAUCGAGUUUUGUAGCUUUUUAUUCUUUUUUUCUUUUUCCGCACGGGGUUUUUGUUCUGGGGAGGGAGUGUACAUUAGAGGAAAUGAUCCAAUUCAAUAGAAGACCUCUGUUGGGUUUAAUUGUAAAAAAUAUGCUAUGCCUGGAUCAGCUGUUGGUGGGAGAGUUUGGGCGGUUCCGACACCUAUUUGGACAGGUGAAAGAUGUAAAUUAAAUAAGUAGAAUGAUUUUCUCACUUCAGU